AAUGGCUAAUUUUGGGCAAAUGACCCCAAAUCCUUUGAAAUUGUGGCAAACAAAAUGCACAGUAUAAAACUUUUUUGUUGUUUUCGGCAACCGAGCUAGAAUGCCCCACUAAAUUGACAGGUCUAACACAGGAACUGGAGCGAAAUACAGGUAGUAGUAGUAUGUAGCGUGCAGAAGAAGCAGUUUAACAAGACUUGUGGCUGUGGCGUCUUCCUGCUUGGUGGUGAAGAACAAUAAAUAAAGGAAAUGGUAGGAGGCCCAUUGUGACUAGGUUGUCUGUGGUUUAAUGUUAGUGUGCUUUUAAGCCAGAAGAACAUGAAGACCAGCAUUGUGUUCCCUCUUGUCCUUGUUCAGCUAUUAGAGGCUCAUGCAGAUGUGACCUUCAAGCAGCUGAAGGAGAAUCAGUCCUUGGAGCUCUCCUGUCACAGGGACGACAGCGGUCUGACAAGCCUCCACCUGUACCACAGCCGAGGACACACACAGACCACACUGCUGUCCAUGCUCCCACAUGGCAGCGGAAGUGACGAGCUUAGGCUGGACCAGAAAAACAAGUGGCGCCUGCGGGUGUCUGGAGGACGGAACACCUCACAGGUGAAGGUGAUGUUGCUGCAUUUGAAACCAGCUGACUCGGGCUUGUACGUAUGUGAGCACAUCUACAGAGAAAACAGCUCCUUCACCACUCAGCAGCUCUUCCUGUUGGUUAACGACUCAGGGAGGAACUGCCAGUGCUCUUCCGACUACCCCCCUCUGCUCUUGGCCAUCUUUUCAGUGACCUGCUUCCUUCUGAUUGUGCUCGUGUGUCUCGCUGUGGAAAAAUGUGUGAAGACAAGGCGCCAUCCCAGUGCACCAGCUGCUGUUCCAGUCUAUGAGGAAAUGACCAGGAAGCAGCAACAUUCCGAAAUAAUCCUCCCGAAUAAGCAGGAAGUGCCCUCACACCUGGAGGAGGUCACCUCGCCAUUGUAUGCUAACGCCCCCAUAAAACAACCACAGGACAACUUCUACGCCUGCCCCAGACACAUCGCCCUCAGAGCCUGAUUGAAAAUGGCAAGUGGAGACUCUCCUAAUUUAGCAUCUCUAAAAACACGAGUGAAAGUAUUACUUAUAAUAAAUUUACAUACAUACAACAUACAUUUGAAAAUCUUAAGUAGCUUUCUUAGUAGUGUUAAAGCGUACUCACCGCUGAUACUGCAAGUCCGAGAAUGCAGUGCUUUUUGUGUCGUUAGAUAGCUUUCGCCUGCUCUUGUUGUUGAGCGCUCACGUAAGUAUGUUGAAUCAGGUUUUACUUAUAGCUCUGUGACACAAAUAAGUGGUCCAAACGUAGUGUAGGUUUUAUAUUGAAAUAUUAUUUUGUAAAUUGUGUCGCGGUGUACCGCAACCAUAGACCUAGACGCCGCAUUGAGCACUGAGCCGUACGUCAACGUCGCCGCCAUAUUGGAUGUGUCAAAGCAGCGCUGUAAAUGAAUACAAGUAAAUGUACUUACUUUCAUAAAGUGCCUUUCUACAAAGAAAUUCAAGUUAAUUGCUCUUGUUUAUCUGAGUCCUUCUGAGAACAUUUUUUGUUUUGGUUUGGAGAGUUUUUUGUUAUUUUUUGAGCGACGGUCUUAAACUUUUGAUCAGCUGAUAAACAGACGAUUUCAGUUUAUUUUCAAUAACUUACUUUUUCUAAAUGCUUUUUGUCUCACUCCCCCUUCUUGUUUUUGCAUAUUGUAGCUCUACUUAAAACCUCAUUAAGAUCCAAAUGUGCAAAAUGCAAAUUCUAGCAAUUUUUCAACUGGUCUUAAGAUUUUGGUCAGGUCUGGAUAUACUUUAUUGUCUUACUUUGUAAAUCUACAUGUUUG